UAUCCCUAUCUUUUGCGUGUGCGUGUGCGUUAGAGUAGACAGAGAAAGAGAGAAAGAGAGAGAGAUGGCGUUUUCGAGAGGGAGUUCAAGACUGUACACGCGGCUCACUAUAUGUUCUGUCCUCUUUCAUUACCUUUCAUACGCAUGCGCUAGUCGCUACUCUAUACUCACUUCGCCUUUACGCAGUCUGGUCCUCUCUUUACUGAGCGAGGAUCAUAACACAGCAGAGGACAAAAGAGAAAAGGAUUCCCUGUUGUGGUUUAGGGGAAAAAAAGAAAAGAGGGAGAAAGAAAGAAAAUAGAACUUUGUUUGUCUUAGCUACCAGCAGCAGAAAGAUAACUUCAAAACGUAUAGGCUACCUACCUACCGUCAAGGAACUGCCUGCAUCCGAUAAGGGAUCUAGUCCACAUACGAGGAGAGGGAGGGGGUGUGGAGAAAAGUCGAGAGAGAGACAGAGUGUGUGUGUGAGAGAGAGAGAGAGCACUGAAGGAGGGAAAAAGGUCAGGACACAGGGGGCAUUUCGCACUGCGAGAAAUAAGGAUAAUAUCAGAAGGUUGCAGAAGUAACGGAAUUGGCAGAGAUAAAAACGUGUGAUAAAAUAAACGUCUGCCCCACAACUUCUUCACAAAGUCAAUUGAAAGGAGUACCUUGGUAAUUGAAUUGAGCGCAUUUUCUCAAGAAAAGUAUUUGGAUACUUAGGACACAGUUGGUUUUGCUGAAGCCGAGACAGUAGGCUGGAGGCUUCACUUUGGAUCGUGCGUAAUUUUAAUUGAGAGCCACCAUCAGGAUGCGCGUCUGCCUGCUCUUGGUCCUUCUCUGCCUCCUUUGCGCCGGGCACGCUCAGAAGUUCUCCGCUCUCACGUUUCUGCGUGUGGAGCAGGAUAAGGAGUGUAACAUGGAGUGUACUGGUGGUCCCAGGAAGCCCCUGUGCGCGUCGGACGGCAGGACCUUCUCAUCACGCUGCGAGUUCCUCCGUGCCAAGUGCCGAGACCCCCAGCUGGAGGUCAUCCGAGGGCCAUGCAAAGAUACAUCCAGAUGUGUGGCAGAGAAGAAGUACACGGAACAGCAGGCCAAGAAGCUCUUCCCUCAGGUGUUUGUACCUGUCUGCAACCCAGACGGAACAUACAGUGAGGUGCAGUGUCAUAGUUACACAGGCUACUGUUGGUGUGUCACGCCCAAUGGCCGUCCUAUCAGUGGCUCAGCCGUGGCCAAUAAGAAGCCCCGAUGCCAAGGGUCAAAACAUGAGAGAGCUAGCACAAGAGAACCCGGAAAAGCAGUUUCCUUGCAAAUCUUUUCCAUUCUAAACACAGAUGAGUCAGCUGGCCUAGUGGGGGAGCCAAAUUCCCCGACAGACGAGGAAGACAUAAUUUCUCAGUACCCCACCCUCUGGACAGAGCAGGUCCGCAGCCGGCAGAACAACAGGACCAGAACACAAUCCUCAUCAUGUGACCAGGAGCAGCAGUCGGCCCAGGAGGAAGCACGGCAGCACAAGAACGAGGCGGUGUUCGUGCCCGACUGUGCCCAAGGGGGCCUCUACAAACCUGUCCAGUGUCACCCGUCCACCGGGUACUGCUGGUGCGUGCUGGUGGACACAGGGCGGCCCAUUCCUGGCACCUCCACCAGUGUACGCCCUGAAGCUUCCAAGUGUACAGAUGCAACUACAUACCAACGUACAUGCAGAUAUGAGCAACCAAAGUGUGAUGGCAAUGCCAGAGCCCAUCCCACCAAACCGAAGGACCAUUACAGAAGCAGACAUCUUCAAGGGUGUCCCGGGGCAAAGAAAACUGAAUUUCUGACGAGUGUUCUCGACGCGCUGUCAACAGACAUGGUGCAUGCUGUCACAGAUCCAGCGUCUGCCGGCAGGAUGUUGGAGCCAGACCCAAGUCACACACUAGAGGAGAGAGUGGUCCACUGGUACUUUAGUCAGCUAGAUAAAAACUCCAGCGGUGACAUCGGCAAGAAGGAGAUCAAACCUUUCAAACGUUUCCUGCGCAAGAAGUCCAAGCCCAAGAAGUGUGUGAAGAAGUUUGUGGAGUACUGUGACAUCAGCAAUGACAAGGCUCUGUCCCUGCAGGAGCUGAUGGGAUGCCUGGGCGUCACCAAGGAAGAAGGGACCAAACCAGGUGAAGGUACAUCCUCCAGUAAACUGAAUCCCUCAAAGAAGCAAGGCUAAGCCAACCACCGAGAUUUCCCCUCCCCUUUUGGAGCUUCUGCCAAUCGGCAAUGGAAACCAUAGUAUUUGCACUUUGUACUUUAAGAAAUGUAAAUUCCCUUUGUAGAAAUUAGGUAUUUAAACAGACUGCUGAAUCUGUGAAUGAUGUAGUUUUUUUAUGUCUUUACAAAAAAAUAUUUAACACAUACAGUGUAUGUGUCUUUUGUGUCUAAAGAAAGUAUACUUUUCGGAGUUGUACAAGUUUUGUGAUGUUGCAUUUUGUGUCCGCUUUGAAUUGUUAUGUUUUACUGUUGUUGAUGUUAACACAGAUGUAUGUAUAGUUUGAUAUAUGGCUAAAACAUUAACUUAGGCCCCUCCGCAUUAUUUUAUGUACUUACUGACCUAGCAGCCCUUCCUGAGCUCUGUACAGCUGUUUGUAUUAUUAAACAUGGAUCAUCACACAAUUAAGUUUGUUCAAAAUGUAUACAUGUUUAUUAGAAAUAAAGAACUCUUUUAUGACCCAUUUGGGUCCCGCUUUAAAUGACAUGCUGCUUAUAAAGGCUUCAUAAAGGGCGGCAGGUAGCAUAGUGGUUAGAGCGUUGGGUUCCCUAGUAACCGAAAGAUUGCCAGGUCGAAUCCCGAUCUGACAAGGUAAAAAUCUGUUAUUCUGUCCCUGAACAAGGCAGUUAACCCACUGUUCCUAAGGUCAUCAUUGUAAAUAACCAUUUGUUCUUAACUGACUUGCCUGGUUAAAUAAAGCCUCCAUAUAGCGUU